AUGAGGCAGCACAAAGUGGAACGCACCACCGCCAACACCAACACAAGAGCGAUGCGCCUCUCCGCUGUUCUCUGCGGGCCCAAAGCCCUUUCGGCACCGGCCGUCGCACAAUCACUUCAGUCGCUGCCGGGUUGGCGGGUGAACGGCAACAACGCGAAUGCCAUCGAAUGUGACUACGUCUUUGCCAACUUUGUGGAGGCGAUGCGCUACAUGAACACCGUAGCGCCAGUUUGUGAACAGAUGCAGCACCACCCGUGCUGGUCGAACGUGUACAACCGCCUGCACGUGCAGCUGACGACGCAUGACGCCGGCAACAAAGUGACACAGAAAGACGUUGAUCUGGCAAAGGCAAUGAAUGAGGCGUACAGGGGCAUGCGCAACCAGUGA